AUGUUUUCUGAACAAAAGGUGGAAGCCAUAAAUUGGUUUAUAAUCGAAUCGAAUAAAAUGCAUUUUAUUUUUCGACUUUCUGUGCUUGUUCUAUGUUUGGUUCAUCGAGUAACAACGGCGAUGAAGAAAGAAAGGAAAAGAAUCCUAAAAAGUAGAAAUGCUUUAAAUUAUUUUUCUACCUGCUGUUGUGUCUUCGUUGUUCAAUCGAGCAUUUGGCGAUUAAUUCACCAACACAAAAGAGUGAUCGCGAAUAAAGUUGAUAUCAAGAAAAAAGAUCCUUUUGUGUUUGCUGUGAAAGCAACGCAGAUGAUGAAUUUAAGGACUUAA